AUGGACUGUGCGGAAUAUCUGGAUGCGUACAAUCAAUCUUGGCUCCGGCUGCUGGAGAAGACACCAACAUCUGAUCAAUAUAAUCUUACUCUCUAUUCCACCUGGAAUCUUACUUUAAAUCGAAUUUGCAAAGUCAACAAACUUGCUGCUAGACUCUUAUGUUUCUGUGCUUAUUUUGACAAUAAUGAUCUGUGGUAUGAGCUCUUCGAGACGAAGAAUGGGCUAGAGAAGCCAGAAUGGCUCCAAACUCUCACAGCGGAUAAACUUGAAUUCAACGACGCUGUGGGAAUUCUCCAUGAGCACGCCAUGAUCGAGCUGCCUGCAAAAGUGACAGACAAUGGGAGUGGCUCAAUUGGCUUCCGGAUACAUAACUGUGUGCAUUCUUGGACUAUCCAUGUCCUCAAUAGGGAUUGGGACUACGGAAUGUCUUCGCUGGCUUUGGGCUGUAUAGCCAGCAGAAUACCGCGAGAAAGCACUCCUUCGUUCUGGCACAUAUCGCAGAGGUUACUAGCUCAUGCGAACCGCAUUGUUGAUCUCUUUUCUCAGAAGCGGCUAAUUAAGGGCUAUACAGAAGCCCAGGUGGAGCAAAUGCAGGAUGUUAUUAAUUUCUUCCUUAUGCUUAACAGACCAGAAACUGCCGGGAAGGUGUGCAUGAGCCUCCAUGAACAGGUCGAGGAAACGUUUGGCCGCUAUCACCCAGCCACAUUUACCCUCAAGUGGCUCAUGAUUGACAUUUUUACUGGCCUGAAAAAUUAUGACGAGGCAGAAAGAUUGUGUAAUCAUACCCUGAGCCUGUUCCAAGCCGACCCUGAUGUCGAUGAAGGACGUGCAAAACGAUCGUUCACUCUUCUACUGGCACGGAACUGUAUACUCAGAGGACAGACGGAAAAGGGCAUGAAACUGUUAUCAGAACCCUCAACAUCUUCCCAGGAUGAGGAAAUAUCGGGUCUCCUAUUCGAGAAGAACCUGGUAUCUCUAUUAUGGACACAAGAUCAUGUGCAGGACAUGCCGAGAGAUAUGCAAACAUGGAUGGAGAACCACCUACCCAAGGAAGAAACAGGCAAGGUGAAAAGUUGCCAACAAUCUUUCAACCUUCAUUGUACUCAAAUUCACCUGUGCCUUUCCCAAAAUAAAACCGAAAAGGCCAAGGAUCUGCUCGUCGAAGCACGGGAGAUGUUUGAUAAGAAGAACUCGGCUGACUAUGCCAAGCCUUUUAUGUUCUCCCGCCUUGCUGCUCUUUAUAUCAAACUGGAUAAGUACGGGGACUUGAAGAGUCUCUGCGACAACGCGACGACUGAAGACUGGGAGUCGCUUUGGCAGAGUGAUGUUCAACUCUCUUGCCGUGUCGUCCUCAUGAGGUGCUACGUCCACUUGGGAGACCACGAGCUCGACGAAACUGUGGCUCUAUGCCAGCGGGCUUUGAAUAAGCUGCAAAACUCUCGAGCGCCAGGUUCAGCACAGAGGCAGAGCGUGCUGAUUAUGUUGGGAUCAGUGUACAUGCUGGAGGAGAACCUUUUGGAAGCAGAGAAACAGUUCGCUGCAGCUAUUCAAGAAACAAGAGAAUCCAAGCAGCAGUGUACAUCAUCCAGCUAUGAAAAUGUCUUGACCACAAUGAGUGCUCUGGCAGAGUGUUACAAGGACAGAGGCGAGCAAGAUAGUGCUCAAAGGUGUCUGAAGUUGGUAGAAAAAUGCCAGGGCGAGCUACUAAAGGCGAGGCACGGCGGACUGAAUGGACAAAACAGCCAAAAUGAAAAUUUACAAGCAUUACCUUCCACCACGCCGCCGCUAUUGCGAUUAUACACACCACGCACACCAGCAGCACCAGCAGCAUCACCUCGAUAG